CCGGAGCACUGACCGUAGGAUCCCCAUUGAAAAAAGAUGCUUCUCCCUGCAUGCAAAGAGCUGGUAUCCUAGCAACUCUAAAAACAUUGGAUUUGACGGAUUACUGAAGGGUCUGGAGCUUAUUGAAGCUUCAGGAAUAAGGACAUCUUUGAGGUGAGCAUGGAGGGAGCAUCAAAGCGCGACACUGAAGGUCUCAGUCGGGCGGCUCGCUGUCAGGAGGCCGGAGGGAGCAGGAUGGAACCAGGGAACUCGCCCUUCGAAAAAGCCAUGUGCUUCCUGGCAGAGAGAGUCCGCGAGCCCCCCAGAGGCGUACAUCGCUUCGGCACUCUGAGUCACCAUUCAUUCUUCUCCAGGCACAACCCCCACCCCCACAGAGUCACGCAUUUCCAAGGUUUGAAUGGGACCCCUGUAUGCAUAGUUAAUGAUGACUUGUGGACUUCCACACCGUCGCCCCUCCACCCACUGAUUAAGAGUCAGAUGCCCCUAACAGUCGCAAGAGCGACCCCUGACCCCUUCCUGCGUUGCCGCCGAGACAGCUGGACCAAUCACACAGCAGUUCCCCUGUCGGAAGCAUGGAGGGAGGAACUGCGAGAGCUUGCAGCUAAAGUCAGAAUGUCAGCGGGAGUUACGAAAGAAAAAAAGUCUCAAGUUACAGAAGGAACAUCAGGCAGGAUGACGCAAUAUUCAGCCAAGACCGGACGCAUUAUUCCAGCCUCGACACGGGCCUGCAGCAGACACUCGACCCAGGCUUCAUCGAGACACGGACGGCCCGGGAGACACCCUCCCUCACCCGGCCUGUAUGACCAGGAGCUCACGGUGCUGGAGCUCCUGUGUCAAGUCCUCCAGACAGAUUCCUUAUCUCAGGUCCAGCAGUGGCUUCUGUAUGCCGAUCAGCGAGAGAAAGACUUUGUUAUGGAGCUGAUCCAGCAGGCCGUGGAUGCCAGCGUGCUCGACAGCCUUGCUAAGGGGGUAGCUGAACCCCUGCCAGCACUGUCCUCCUCCACAAAGCUUCCUGGAAGAAACUAUGGUUUUGACAAAGCUACAGAUAUAAUCAAAGAAGAGGACAGGCCAGAAUUGAUUGGGACGGCGGAGGUGCUCCAGGUGAACACAGAGGAAGGUUUACAGUAACAGUAUCAUGAAUAUAUUUGCUAACGCGCAUGUUUACCAGCCUCAUUGGUGUCUGUUUAUCAUUUUUAUCCAGGAAUAUAAAUGAGCUUGAAAAGUGGGUCAGAUUAGGAUGCAAUAUUUGAAUGUGUUGUGAUUAUUCUUCAAACAACUAUGAAAAGAUGUAGGUAAUAAUUAAGCAGUAAUAUAUUAUGUACUGAUCAUCCAACAACUUUCCUUUAAUACAGUUUUAAUUUCCCUGUUAAUGGAAUAUUUACAAUGCAUAAAUUGUAACCCUUCCCUCUGGACAAAAGCAUGAAAAGAUUAAUAAAAAUGAAAAUGAAUAAAUGUAAAAGGUAGAUAAUACAACACAUGUAUUAUAGAUUUGCUUUAGUUAAGCCCAUAAAUAUGUGGCACUUGGGGUUUUGUGUGUUUAUACGCUGUUUAUAUUCAUGCGGAUAGAAAUUCAGUUGUUUGGAAAGCAGAUUAUACAUACGCUGAAAAAAUAUCUCCUGAAAAGUGUUCAAUAAACAGGAUGAUACUCAUUAGAAUCACUGUCAGAACUUACGGUAUACAUCUUAAAGUUCGGAGUUAUCGCCUCAUAUGUGUUUUUUUCCAUGUCUAUGUGACCCAUCUUCUCAUUCUCCAGUUGAAAAGAAAGAUUUCUUUAUUUCUUUCGCCUGAGAUUUGAGCCGUCAGAGACUGUCCCGUGCCAUGAUUACUGCUCCUUUGUACCUCAGAUGAUUGAUCAGAAGGAUUCGGGGGCCGCAAAGCGCUCCAGGCUCUCAGCCUCAAAGACGGUUCCGCCUCAGACAUCUCCUCACUUAGAUUCGGAAUUCUUUUGUGUGCAGAGAGGCCAGUAAUUUGUGCUUCUCAGAUUGAUUUAAUGUCGGCUAUUUUCAUACACAUCAGUAGUUUAAUGUCAAGCUAAUGUCAUUAUUCUUAUAAUGAUCACAUUCUGAUUAUACACACUAUACAACACUUUAUACAGUGGAUUCAGCAGGUAUUCAGUGCAUCCCAUUUCCAUCGAUCAUUUCUGAAAUGUUUUUUGAUUGCCACCUAUGUUUAAUGUAUUUACCUGGACAAGAUUUGGAAAGACAUACAACAGUCUUUAUAAAUGUCCCACAGAUCAAGAUGUAUAUCAGAGCAAAAACCAAGCCGGGGAGUCGAAGCAAUUGCCCGCAGAGCUUAGAUACAAGAUUAUGUUGCGACACAGAUCCGAGGAAGACUGGAAAUCUAAAUUUUUUUUCCCUCAGCAUUAAAAUAGUCCAGAUGCAC